CCGACCGCCAGCCCUCGGCAGCGCCGCCGCCGCUUCCCGAGGAGAGCCGCAGGCCGGGCUGAUGCCCGAGGAGUUGCCCCGGCAGGAAGAGCCCGGGCCGAGCCAUGCCCGCCUCUGAAGCCGUGCCGCAGCCGUCCCCCAGCAAGAAGCAGAAGGGGUCGGGUCUUGGAGAGGUCUCCACGCGGCUCCGCUUCACCAAGCUGUCCGAGAACGCCUUCGCCCCCUCCAGGGGCUCCGCGCGGUCUGCGGGCUAUGAUCUGUAUAGUGCCUAUGACUGUGUGAUACCACCCAUGGAAAAGGCUGUGGUAAAAACAGACAUUCAAAUAGCACUUCCUUCUGGGUGCUAUGGCCGAGUAGCACCACGUUCUGGUUUAGCUGCAAAGCACUUCAUUGAUGUUGGAGCUGGUGUUAUUGAUGAGGAUUACAGAGGAAAUGUUGGUGUGGUACUGUUCAACUUUGGCAAGGAGACAUUUGAAGUUAAAAAGGGGGAUAGAAUUGCCCAGCUCAUCUGUGAACGCAUUUAUUAUCCUGAGCUAGAAGAAGUUGAAGCUCUGGAUGAUACAGAACGUGGUGAAGGUGGUUUUGGCUCUACUGGAAAGAACUGAAAAUUACUUGAAUACACUUUCUAUUUUUUUGUUAUGCUAUUUCUAAAUUCUCAUCUGAGUUAGAAUUAGGGUUUUUGGAGUACAUAAAAAUAUUUCAGGUUUUAUUGAGACUUCUCUGUAUCUGUCCUCCAGUGAAUUUGUCUGCAUAAUGAGGAAAUGUGCAUGACUGGCUUGCCUUGUUACUAGGUGAUGUAUUUUCUUUCCAGAUGUUUGGUCCUCAGCAAUAAGAAUGCAUUGUUUAUGUGGCAGUUAUACUGCAAUAAAUAAAAAAAUAACUUAAUUAUUUGUUUUAUUUUACUCACCUAAAGUACAACAGCCGAUUCUUCCCUGCCAAGUUUUUGUUAGACUUCUGAAAGCUAUCUC